AUGACACCGUUUCAGCUGUUCAUAGUUGUGUCAUCGGUUGUAACGUCAACCAUAGCCGAACCACGUAUCGACAACGAAGAUGGUAGUCUUACAACCCCCCAAAUAAUAGUCAAGUACGGUUACAAAACGGAAACUUAUCGGAGAGAAACUUACGAUGGGUUCGUAGUGGAAAUGCACAGGAUAACGGCGUCCCCAAUAUCAGGUCGAUUUCACCCCAGUAAACCUCCGGUGUUGCUGAUACAUGGUUUGCUUGGUUCGUCGGCUGACUGGAUCAUGACCGGGCCACAAAAUGGACUUCCGUAUUUGCUGUCGAAUCUCGGAUAUGACGUUUGGCUGGGAAAUGCCCGAGGAAGUCGAUAUAGCAGAGAGCAUACUUAUCUCACGGCAGAUAUGAAGGAGUACUGGGAUUUUUCAUGGCACGAAAUCGGAAUCUACGAUAUUCCAACAAUGAUAGAUUUCGUAUUGAAAACUACAAAAUUUGAGAAGAUACACUACGUUGGAUAUUCCCAAGGAACAACAGCUUUCUUUGUGAUGACUUCUUUGAUGCCAAAAUACAACGAUAAAAUUAUAAAACUUCACGCGCUGGCUCCGGCUGCCUAUAUGACGCAUUUAAGCAACCCCGUGUUCAGAUACUUGGCUGCCCAUUUGAAUACUGUUACGAGCUUGGUAAGCGCCCUUGGAGUCAACCAGUUUAUGCCAGCAAGUCCAAUGUUUCCCCAUAUUGCAAGUGCCAUCUGUGCUGCCAAUGAGCAACAAUGCUUCAACAUUAUGUUCGUGCUGUCAAGUGGAGAGUAUAGAAAUCUGAACCCGCAAAUCAUUCCCAUUUUAGUCGGGCAUAUACCGGCUGGUUCUUCAGCCAAACAGAUUUUCCAUUAUGCUCAAGAAGUCACGUCCGGCCAUUUUCGGCAGUAUGAUUAUGGCGUUGAUAACAACACUGAAAUAUACCAUUCGCUGGAUCCUCCAGAUUACAAUAUUUCGAACGUACACGCUCCUGUUGCCAUUUAUUAUAGUUUAAGUGAUCAAUUAGCUAGUCCAUUGGAUGUUGGUAGACUGGCACAGGAACUACCAAACCUGGUUUCCUUGAACCAAGUAACAAAUCCCUCAUUCAGCCACAUGGACUUCAUACUGUCAACCAAUGCCAAGGACGAGCUCUACCUAGAUAUAAUCGCCAGCAUAGAGGCCGACACUCGACACGAACAACGGUUCAACAGCACUCAUUGACAAUGCGGGCCCGCAUGCUUUGUACGCAUUCCUCCAUCCAAAUUACCACUAACUGUAAGACUGUGAAAAGGUGAACAAACGAACAAUUAAAAAGAGAUUUAUUUGACAGCAUUAACUGUGUUCGUUGUGUUAAUUCGUGAGAGCUCGAAAAUUUGCCUAUCCAUCAAGUACCAUUGAACUUCAUCGAGGAUGAUUUGCACGGGCAGUACCCACACGACAAGCAAAGCUAAUAUAAUCGAAACUUGUUCGUCCAUCUAUAUCUUUCGUUCGCAAACCGCAAGAUCAACCAACCCCGGCCAAGCGCUUCCUCGAUUAUGUUAAUUAUUCAGAUUAUUUUAAUGCAUUCUUAAAAACUUAUUAUCUGCCACUCGGUGACCCUCGCAUAACAAUUUCAUUUAAUUCCCUCCCACACUUAGCGCACUAACACGAACACAAGCACACACGGCCGCAGAGAGUAAACCAUGGCAGAGCCAACCAGAGGCAAUAAGCUGGAAAAUUCCCGGUAAAAAGUUACACCUGCUGCAUUCAACGACAACAAAACACCUCUCGAGGGUCCCCGUGCCCAGCCAACCCUGGAAACAACCUUUGGGAAAGAUCCGUUUCACAUGGUGGUAAAGCUCGUCCGUAAAAAGUAAUUCUAUUAAAAUAACAGCAAGAUAGUGCAGAAGUGUGAUUUCCUUAUGCUUAUGGCGGUGGUGGGCUGUGGCAGCAAGUUUUAUUAUUUGAACAGCGGUGAGGACUUCUCGGAAGGCGGUGCCGCUGGCUCUGUCAG